AUGGUCCCCAAGGCCUUUGAAGCAGGUUACCCGGAUACCACGGGCUUUCGCAAGGUCGUCAAAGCUACCAUAAUGGUGAAGAAGAAGGAAGGGAUAUCGGACCAUGAUUUCAUCCAAUACUACAAUGACCACCACGCUCAGAAAGCCAUCCCCAUAUUACAGCGCCAUGGCAUCAUUAGCUAUAGUCUCACAUAUCACCUGCAUCGCGACAGGAAGCUGAUCCAAGACAUCAUGCACAACAACGCCCAAUUGCUGCAUUACGACGCCAUCUGCACUUUCGUAUUUCCCGACUACCUCGCACUCGCAAAGUUCUUGUACGAUAAGGAGGGUGCUGCAUUAAACGAGGACCACCACAACUUCAUGGACGAUAGUCAGAUGAGAAUGAUGGUUGGGGAUGAAAUCAUGUUGAUAGAUAAUGGAGAAAAGGUGGCUUGA